CAUCACGCUCCAUUCGGAAGUUCCAGCGCAGCAGCAGUGAGUGAACGCUGAGUUUAACCAAGCCUUAGUGUACACAGCUACAACAUGGACGACGACGUGUUAACGACUUUAAAGAUUUUAAUUAUCGGUGAGAGUGGUGUGGGUAAAUCAAGUUUGCUCCUGCGCUUCACAGAUGACACUUUUGACCCAGAAUUAGCUGCAACCAUUGGUGUCGACUUUAAAGUGAAAACUAUUGCAAUAGAUGGCAACAGAGCAAAGCUGGCCAUAUGGGACACGGCCGGUCAGGAGAGGUUCAGAACUCUAACGCCAAGCUACUACAGAGGAGCCCAGGGUGUCAUUUUGGUGUAUGAUGUUUCAAAGCGGGACACGUUCACAAAGCUUGAGAACUGGCUUAAUGAGCUGGAGACAUACUGUACACACAACGACCUGGUUAAAAUGCUAGUGGGGAACAAAAUUGACAAGGACAACCGUGAAGUAGACCGGAAUGAAGGCUUGAAGUUUGCACGAAAACACAAUAUGCUUUUUAUUGAGGCAAGCGCAAAGACACGGGAUGGUGUUCAGUGUGCCUUUGAAGAACUGGUUGAAAAGAUCCUGCAGACACCGGGGCUCUGGGAGAGCAGCAUCCAGAACCACGGUGUCCAGCUGUCUGAUCAUGAACCGCAGCGUCAGGGUGCCUGUAGGGGUUACUGCUCCCUGGUUUAACAUACUCACCCGACCCAAAAACCACAAACUGAGAUGGAAAGCACAGUUUUCUUUCUUCUGAAUGAGAGCUUCCUCUGAGGGGGAAUGGUCUGCUCCCUUAGAGCUGGUCAAAGGGACCAUUGCAGUUUGCACAGUCUCUGUCACUCAAUGUUGUUUUAUUCUGUCCCAGUAUUCUGUCAUGUUAUUCUCGAUUAAUGUCUCACAGUGCUAUAUUACCUGUAGCCUAUGUAAACCGUUAUUAUGCAAAAAAAGUCCUUUUGAAGAUUACAACCUGAGCAUGUUGAAAUAUGCCAGAUAUUAUGCCCCCCCCAGGCAAGAUGACAGAGUUGACAUGCUCCCCCCUCAGUGUGAGCACCGCCUUUGUCCCGAUGUGUGUAGGCCAGUAGGAUUAUAGGAGGGGAGGGGCAGAGAAACGGCAGGAUCUGAUCAGUAUGAUGAACUCAUUCAAUAUGAAUGUCAUCAAAUGUCCUUUGUACCUGUACUACAUUUCAUGUGCUUAACAUAUUCUCUGCUGCUCUCAUUUUAAUCUCCUGCUUUUUAUUUAAAUUAGUUAAUAAUAUAAAAUUAUUCCCAUUUUAUUUUUUAUAAUAUUUGGCCUUACAAAUACUGUUUUGCAUGAUUCAACCUUGAAGAGUUUGAAAUAUGAUAUAUUAUUUUGUAAAUAAUGUCUUCAGUAGCUGUUCUGAAUCAUAAUUCACACAGUUGUCUACAAAAUGCUGUUUAGCUGCAGCUCUCAUGAGUUAAAAUAGAUUAAGCAUGUUUAAAGAAUGUAAUCUAUGAUGACUUUCGUCUGAAUUAACAUGAGAUGAUGAGUUUUAAUCUUUCACUCAGUUUUUUUUUGUUUUCUUUUCUAGUUAAAUGAUGAAUGGAUACCAAAACACUUGUCCAUUUUUGUUUUUAAUUACAAAGCUUUCUUGGGACUUGAUAUUGAUUCUUUUGACGUAUUGACUUGAAAAAGGGAAGAUUUGUUCAUGCCUUAAUAUUUAUUAGAUCCGCAUGUUUAACAUGAUCUCCGUUACAGGCUUUCACUUUGAAUCUGGAGUGAGUGUGUGUUAUUGCAGCCAAACAAAUUGACCAAUGGUACAUGGGUCAUUUAAUUGAAUUAUUAACAUGUCUUGGUCAUAAAGUUUGAGUAUUAAUAUGUUUGACUUUUUAUUCGCUUAAUAGAUGUUUGUUCUGGUGCAGAGAGAUUUAUUCAGUCAUAGAAGUAAUUGCUUAUGACUUCAUGUAGCCGCAAAACCAUACACUAACCAGCACCCUAAUUAGGAUUCCUUACAAUUUAUGGGUGUUAAAUUCACAUACUCAGUUUUGUAGAUGCUUGCUUUCAUUUCGGCUGUUGUCCUUCAGCAGCGAUGUUCUAGUCUGUAUGCCGUUUUCUGCUGUGGAGUGGAAAAUUAGGACAAAUUAUAUAUCUUACAUUCUUUUUGCAAUAAAAUAUCUAACUUGUAGAAGUGUUUGAUCUGCCACAGCAUAGUGCCUUUUGUUAAAGUCUAUGAAUGUCUGUUCAAAAUUAGAUCUUAAUUAUUAGUAUGUCAUUUCUAGUAAAUGAACUCCAGAUGGACAUAUAGAUGUUUUGAAAUUGAUACUACAGCUCUGUAUUAGUUUUAACAGGCCAUAUACUGUGAAACAUUUCUAUACUGUACGCUACAUACAUGAAUAUUAAUCACAACAAAUGUCAUGAGUUUUCAAACUGAUACGUGGCACCUCAUAUCAC